UGCCCUCCCUCCCCCUUCGCCGGCUGCCGUCCCCUCUCUCACUCCCAUGCCACUCCUCCCGUCUUUCUGCCCACACCUCUACCCAGCACCGCACCUCCACGCCUCCUCCUCCAUGCCCAUCGUCCUUAACGACACCCCCAAACCAGGUCCAGGGUUUUGCUCUUCUCUGAGCCGCGCCAUCGUCAACGACAAAACGUUGCUUCAUCAAUCGAGGGCAUACAGACGUGCGGACUGGGUUAUCACGAGCCGACAGCGACGAGCAGCGAGGGGACGACAGAGGCCCGACACGAGCGGAGCGAUCGGGCGCGCGUCAGCGCAGUGUUUUUCCUCCACGACGGGCCUGACACGACCACACCACCUCCUCCCAAGGGAUUGAUUGUUAUUCCCUCCCCCCCCCAUCCAUCUUGCUUCUCUUGCUCGCAGACCGAGACUCGAAAGGCCUUGGUCAGCGUUGUCACCGUCGUCGUCGUCGUCGCCGUCGCCUGCCUACGCGCCUAUUCGCUCGCUGCUCACGAACCUCGUCCACACCCACCCGUUGUCGCUGCGAGCCGUACACCGCUGCCCCCGGCGUCACCCGCGCGAGCCUCGUGGCCCGCUGCCGCGGUCAACAGUCAACGCCAACCACGGGACGGCCAGUCCUAGACACUGACCAUCACCUCCUCCGUCACCGACUGGCCAGAGCAUUAUAAAUAGGCGUCGUCGUCGCCCCUCGCCCGCUGCCGCCAUCAUGUCGAGCCUUGGGCCAUCCGGGUCCAAUGCCCACGCCGGCUUGAACUUCUCUCAGGCCGGCUUGCGCCGCAACCCCGGAUUUGCACCCUCGCAUGCGAACCAGCACCAGCCGAACAAGCAGUCUCCCGCACCUCACGCCGCCUCGCCCUACCAGACCCAGGCCUACACGCCUCAGCAGCCGCCGCAGGCAGCCUAUCCGGGGCACCUUUUCCAGCAAACUGUCAACACCAAUGUUCCCAAUGGCCACCCGGCGUCGCGGGCGCCGCAGAGCCAUGUCCCCAACGCACUCAAUGUCCAGCGACAGAGAGCUGCCCCCCAGCGGCAACAGAUGCAGCCCCAGCCGAACCCGCCGCCCAUGGUAUUCCCCAGCGGCAUCAGUCAGUCUGUACCGCAUGACCCUAUCAUUUCGCACCAGCAGCACCAGCAGCCUCAUCCCUCUCACCAGCCGCAUCUGGGGCACCCGAGCCACCAGCAGCACCACCAGCAGCAGCACCCGCAGCAGCAGCCUCACCACCAACAACAGCAUCAACAACACCAGGCGCACCAGGCACACCAGGCACAUCAGGCACACCAGGCGGCGCAGCACCAGGCCCAUCAGCAGGCGCAUCAAGCGCACCAGAGCCAUAUGGGGCACCAGGGACAUCAGAGUCACCAGGGACAUCCGGGCCACCCUGGACGUCAAUCGCACCAAGGCCAUCCGAUUCCUCAACAGCAGCACACGCCGCAACAACAGCAGCAGCAGCAAUUGCCGCCACAACCCCCACCGCAGCAACAACAGCAGCAGCAGGCGCAGCAGCAGCAGCAACAACAACAGCAGCAGCAACAGCAGCAGCAGGCGCAGCAGCAACAACAGCAACAACAGCAACAACAGCAACAACAGCAGCAGCAGCAGCAGCAGCAAACUCCACAGCAGCAGCCGCAGCAGAUGCCGCAGCCUCCCGCGCAGCCGCAGCAACAGCCUCAGGUGCCACAGGUACCACAGGUGCCUCAGAUGCAGCAGGUGCAGCAAGCACAGCAGGUGCAACCCUCGCCGCAGCAGCCGCCAGCCCAGAUUCCUCAACAGCAGGAUGACCACGCCGUGGAUGACAUGGACACUGAAGGACAAAAUGAUGGGAACGAUGAUGCGAGCACGCUCGAAGCGAAGCUCCUCAACGACCCGUCCUACGUCCCCUCCCAGCCAAUGGGCGAAUUGAUGUCGCCGCCCCCGGAAGGAGGGAGCUAUCCGACCUUGGAGGCUGUCCAGAAGGCCGUGUUGCGGUAUUGCACAUCGGUGGGCUAUGCAAUCGUCAUUGGCCGGUCAAAGAAGACAGUUCCGGGCCUGAAAAAGGUUCUCUUUGUCUGCGACCGGGCGGGCAAGCCGCCGAGCCGUGUCAGUCCCGAAUUUCGCAAACGCAAGACGUCGUCCAGGAAAUGUGACUGUCCGUUCGGCUUCUUCGCCAUUGAGCAGCGCACGCAGUGGACAAUUCGCUACCGACCUGAUCUGGCGCACCUGAAGCACAACCAUGGCCCGAGCGAGGGACCUUCGAACCACCCAGCCGCUCGCAAGCUAGAUAGCAAAAUGGUGGCGGCGGUCAAGCAGCUUAAGGACAAUGGUACGUCGUCGGAGCAGCCAGCAAAUGGUCGAUCAGUUUCCGCUGACGUUUCUGCAGGUGCCGGCGUCACCGAAACGUUGCAGAUUCUUCAGAACGAAAACCCAGACUGCCAUCUGCUCCCAAGGGAUAUAUACAACGCCCGCGCCGCCAUCAACCGGAAUCCGGCAAAGGUGGCUACGGGCAUAGCUGAAAACCGGCCAGCCAUUUACACCAAGCCCCAGCAGUCACCCGAGGACCGCAUACGAGCCGAUCUCCGGCGAGAGCUCGCAAAGGCCCGCGAGGAUAUGAAGAAGAUGGAAGACGAGAAGCAAAAGGAAAUUGACGAGCUGAAGGCCAAACUGGAAGAGAAAGAGAAGCUCAUCCAGAAGUUUGAAACCUUCAUCGACAUUUGCAACGAGCGAGUCAUGAUUCAGCGUGAGAGGCUGUCGGAGAACGCCUCGGCUGGCGGCAACCCGGGCAGGUGAUUUGGCGGCCAUGGGUCUGGUAGCCUGAGCAGGCUAGAGGGGUGGAAAAGGAGGAGCAUCUGGGGUUUUUGCUGGAACUGCAGCAGGUCGGGCCGCGCUGGGCAGACCAUGCUAGGCGAAGAGAAGAGCCCGAAUAGAGAAGGGACCACCGUGAGGGUUGGCCAUUUGCGGCUGGGUUCCCGGUAUUACAUGUCAUGGCUGGUGCACAGGAUUGUGGCGACGCAAGAUCUGGCGUGGGUUGCGAGUGGAGGGAUGGCGUUCCCGGACGACUUGCUGGGAUUUACACCUUUUGGGGUGCUUGGGUUUAUGGCAAAAACUGAGUCUACAGGGGAGGUGGGAGAGAUGUCUGCGAACCGAGAGAGCUGGCAGGAACCGGUUUUGCAUGGGGUCUUUUACGGCUGGUUGUAUCUUUCAUUUUGGGACAAUAGGUACUGGGAUCACAAGAGGACAGGUGAGGUCUGGCAUCGUUUUCGUACUGGUAUGGCCAUGCAUGGUCGGUUCAACGGAUCGGGGUGACGUGCACGGUGGUGUAGAUGUAUGACCGCGAGGCGACGACGAUGCUCGAUGACGCUCUUGAGCAUAGAACGUGCUGGGAGGCAUGCUCGGGGGCGCAUACAUACUACACAUAUGCUCGCUCGCAUGCAGUCCACGUCCUGCAGAAUAAGGUAGGUUGGUGGACCCAGAUAUCAGAUGAAGUCGAAGUUGUUAGUAGUUGCGGG